AUGUCUCCUCAGUACGAAGUUUUUGAUUUCUUGAAAUUCAAGGACAUUGUGGUCCAUCGGUUGAAGUUCACCGUUCCUCUAGACUACGAAUCACCCCAAGGAACGAAGAUCUCCAUUGCAGCUAGUGUAGUUCAGAAGUUUUCAGCUACACUCCAUGCUGAUAAGAAAUUGAAUCAUUCCACUCUUUGCAUUCCUGAUGAUGCAAAAUUAAUCUGCUAUAUCCAAGGUGGGCCAGGCUUUCCAUGUGCUGUCCCUACAAGUAACAGCGGAUACACCAAAGUCCUUCUUGAUAAGGGAUACUCGGUAGUAUACCUUGACCAGAGAGGAACUGGUUUUAGUACCCCCUUGGAAGUGGGCACCAUUAACAAGUAUGUUGCACCAAAGGAGAAUGAAACUGAAAACGAGUUGGCUGCAAGACAGCUUGAAUUUGUAUUGCACUUCAGAGCUGAUUCCAUAGUGGAAGAUUUGGAGCACAUAAGAAAGGAUCUUUUGGGUGAAGCAAAAUGGUCCCUCAUAGGUCAGUCUUACGGUGGAUUUACGAGCUUUACCUACUUGUCAAAGUACGCUGAGUUUGUCAAAGAGGUGUUCAUUACUGGAGGUGUUCCUCCAAUCGGAUACACCUCGGAUCAAGUUUAUGAAGUUACUUAUGAUAGGACAAGAGAAAGGAAUGAACAUUACUAUGCGAAGUAUCCAGAAGAUUCCAAAAAGGUUAGGGAGAUUCUAACAUACUUGGAUAACCACAACACUAGGUUGCCAAAUGGCGGUAAUUUGAGCGUGGAAAGAUUUCAACAACUAGGAAUCAAUUUUGGACACUUUGGAGGUACUGACUCCAUCCAUCAAAUAGUGCUGAAGUUCUCCUACGAGUUGAAGCUUCUCGGUGGUCCAUCUUACCACACCUUGAAGUCUAUUCAGGACAUGUCUUCCUUUGAUACCAACAUAAUUUAUGCUUUCUUCUUGGAAGCAAUUUAUUGCGAUGGUAAUGACUCAAAAACGUUGUUAACCAACUGGUCUGCUGAUAGAUUAAGGUAUGCUCCAGGAAAUGAGAAAUUCGUGUUCAAGAAAGAUGCUGAAGAUGAUCAAGUAUACUUCUUUGGAGAGAUGAUUUACAAGUCUAUCUAUGACGAUUUCACUGAAUUGAGACCAUUCAAGGCACUUGGGCAAUUAUUGCAUUCCAAUCAAAAAUGGUCUAAGCUCUACGAUCCAGAAGUCUUGAGCAAAAUCACCUGGGAGAAGGUUCCGAUCGUUGCUGCUACCUAUGUGUAUGACCAAUAUGUUGACUUUGAUGUCACCAGACAAGUCAAAAAGAAUAUUUUCAAAAACAAUGGUAACUUGAGACAAUUCAUCACCAGUGAAUUCUUCCACGAUGGAGUCAGAGCAGACCCAGAGAAAGUCAUCGGUAAAUUACAUGAUUUACUAGAUGGCGAAGCUGACUAA